AUGGAAGAACUGGAAUUUGUGUUUAUGCUACAUUUUUGGACCCAUGUGCUACGUAAUUUUCACAAGGUAAGCAAAGCCAUUCAGAAAUCAGAACUGUUAUUGAGUAGUUGUGCAUGUUUGUACAGUUCACUUCAGGAUUUUUUAAGCAAAAUUAGAGAAGAUUUUGAUGAGCUUGAGCAACAAGCAAAAGCUACCUUGCCAAAUGUUAACUACAGAACUGUCAUAAGGAGACAAAGAGUAAGGAAACGGCAUGGAAAUGACGGAAAUGUACCUGGUCCUGAUGCUUUAGAUGAACUCUCUUCAAGUGAUAAAUUUAGGAUAAAAUCCUUUAUUCCUAUACUAGAUGCACUUGACGCCAAUUUAAGAAAAAGAACUGGUGUGUACAGCGAUGUUGCACAAAUGUUUUCCUUUCUUGCUAAUCUGACAGCAUCAAAGCAAGAAAUUCAGCAAGGUGUUGAACUGUUGAUGGAAGCACACCCAGAAGAUGUUGACCUGAAACUUACUGAUGAACUUUUACACUUUCACUUGUACGUGAGACAAAGCCAUAGGCCUACAGAAGAGCACUCUCUGUCUCAUAUAGACCUUUAUCAACUUAUAUACAAGGAAAAAAUCAAGAUGGCCUUCCCUAAUGUGGAAGCAGUCAUGCGGCUAUUUCUUAGCUUAAUGGUCACUAACUGCUUGGGAGAGAUGUCUUUUUCAAGACUCAAAAUAAUUAAAAAUGAAUUAAGGGCCACAGUGUCUCAAAUCCUGCAACCAAUAAAGUCAUUGACCCACAAACAAUUUGGUCAAAAACAGUGA